AAAUGUCAAUCGCGAAUAAGCCACCUCUUGUAAUUAUCCAUCCCCUUGUGUUGAUCUCAGUAGUAGAUCACUAUAAUCGUAUCAUUUCCAAAACGCAACAACCCAGAGUGGUCGGUGCAUUGUUGGGUACAUAAUCCAAUUUGAAUCUUAGGUGAAAGAAAGGCUGAUGGUGUGAUUGAUAUCACUAACAGUUAUGCUCUUCCAUUUGAGGAGGAUCCAAAGGAUUAGAAUAUUUGGUAUUUGGAUCACAUUUACAAUGAAACACUAUUUGAAUUACAUAGAAAAGUAAUGAUCAUCAUUUCAUAAUGCUCUAGAUUAACAUAAAUGAGAAGAUAGUUGGAUGGUAUUCUACAGGAUCAAGAUUCAAACCCAAUGACAUUCAAAUCAAUCAAAUAUUUUACAAGUACACCUCUACUCCAAUUUUUGUGAUCAUCGAUGUUCAUCAAUUUGAUCCAUUAUCACUUCCAACUGAAGCCUAUACAUCAGUCGAUGAAAUCUCUAAAUCAGGAGAAAUAAUUUAAAACUUUGUGCACAUCCCCUCCACUGUACAAGCAUUUGAACCUGAAGAAAUCGGAGUUGAAUAACUUUUAAGAGAAAUCAAUAAUGUAGACACUCAAUCACUUUCAGCCAAGGCAGAACAAAAGAUCAAUGGAGUCAAAGGAAUGAAUAAGAAGAUUGCUCAAAUUCAAUAAUACUUAACUCUCAUUUAAUAAGGCAAAGUCAAACCUAAUUAACUCAUUAUCAACAAUCUACAAGUACUAAUCAUAAUAACUCUAGGAAAUCCUUAAUUACUUGCCAAAUUUGGGUUCAUAAGACGUAGUUCAAGCAUUCACUACCAAAAAUAAUGACAAUAUGUUGACCAUAUAUCUGGCCUCUUUGAUGAGAAGUAUCAUCGCCUAUCACAAUUUAAUCAAUAAUUAAGCUUAAUAAGAGAAAAAAGUAAAGUGAUAUUUAGUUCAUAUAUCUAUAUAUUUAUUCCCA